AUGCCCACACUUGUAGAUAUUCAAGCACAACGUAACCAGGGUGAGUCUUCCUCUAGUGCCAAUUUCGGGGACCCUGGUGUGAUGAAUUUCUUAAACGAUGCAUUUCCGUCCGCCUCAGCAUACGAUGGAAGUGUUCCACAGGACAACAACAAUACAACCUUCCCUGAUUUCUCCCAGGUCGGCAGUAGUGACUAUGAUAGUUACAACAAGCUUAUGCGGCAAGCACAGACACCACUGUACCCCGGAAGUGAGCAUACUGUAUUGGAAACUGUCAUGAAGCAGAUGAGUAUCAAAAAGAAGAGGAACAAGACCGUUGCUUGUUUUAACGAUGACAUUGCACUUCUGAAGGAGUUGCUUUCUGCUAACAACAACUGUCCGGAAAAUUAUGACAAGGUCAAAAGCAUCUUGAGUGAGUUCGGUCUUGAGUACAUCAAGAUAGAUGCAUGCGUCAAUAACUGCAUCCUAUACUACAAAGGUUAUAAGGAUGCAUUCGAGUGCCCACAUUGCUAUGAGCCGAGGUAUGAACCACACGCUCGUUCUAGACAGACAAACCCCAUUCCUAUGAAGGUUCUUCGCUAUUUCCCAUUGGGUCCUCGUCUACAACGUCUCUACAUGUCUUCACAUACGUCCAAGCAUAUGAGAUGGCACCACGAAAGGCACCAGCAGGAGCCGGAUAGGCCUAGAGUAGAUCCGGAUAAUCUCACACACCCCGCAGACGGGGAGGCUUGA